CUUUUAUCAGCUGCUGAUUAUUUUGGGAAGAUCGUGCGUGAUCGAUGAUGCAUGUUCACGCAAGCUGAUCAGGCACACUUGCAUUGACAUCGCGCAUCUCCAGGAAUUACAAUGUCGUGCAAAAGUGUGGCUACAUUGAGAAGGCUAGUGCAUCGUAGCUUGAGCGUUGCUCAGACCACUAGCACCAGUGGGUCAUCAUUGGAAUCCAGUCCCCAUCAACUCUGGCUGAGGAAUGGGCCCAGCGUGAGCUGUAUGCCUGCAGGGGUUUCAUCAACAAAUCGAGGGACGUGGUUUCAGCAAUACCGAGCACUCAGCCAGGGGAGUCAACGUUGCCAGAAGGAAGAAACCCAGCCCAAAACGACCGCGACCAAAGUAGAGACAUCAGAGUCAGCUUCAGAGCAAAAUGCUGGGACUCCGUCUUCAGACGCUUCACCCAACGACCCGCUGCCUCAGCUUGAGGUCCCCGAGUACGAAAAGGAACUGAUGUUCAAAGGAUUGGAGACCGAUUUCCCCUGUUUAUCAAGGCUGCCGCCUGCAGGGCCAGAGCCAGAGUACCACAAGAUCAGUUCUGGAUUUAAACUCUUCCACUCUGAGCAGCCGUUUCAUCUCAAGUACCUUGGCGUCCUGCCAGAGUUACACAUCGCCUAUGAGACCUGGGGGGAACUGAAUGCAGAUAGAAGUAAUGUGGUUCUCUUGAAUACUGGCAUGUCGGCUAGCUCGCAUGCCAAAAGCCAUCAGGACAUCCCAACGCCUGGCUGGUGGGAGAAGUUUGUAGGACCAGGCUGUGCCAUUGACACGGAGAAGUUCUUUGUCAUCUGCACCAAUGCCCUGGGUGGUUGCUACGGAUCAAGUGGUCCAUCCUCAGUGAAUCCAGUAUCGGGCAAGCCGUACGGCACUCACUUCCCUGUGGUAACUAUCGAAGACAUUGUCCAUGCUACAUUCCUACUCCUAGAUCACCUUGGAGUAGAUCAGGUGUAUGCCUGUGUAGGCUCGUCUAUGGGAGGAAUGACAUCAUUGCUUGCUCCAGCGUUGUACCCAGAUAGAGUAGGAAGAGCUAUCUGCAUCUCCUCCUGUGCCCAAACCCACCCAUCAACUAUAGCCAUGCGGUAUCUACAACGCCGAGCCAUCAUGACUGAUCCCAACUGGGCUAGGGGGCAUUACUACGGGUCUUCAUACCCCCGAAUGGGCAUGAAGCUAGCACGAGAGCUAGGCACCAUUACGUAUCGCAGCGGUGCCGAGUGGCUGAAUCGUUUUGGCCGAUCAACAAUCAGCGAUGAGCUGCCUUCGUUAUGUCCGUAUUUUGAGAUCGAGCGCUACAUAGAACACCAGGGAGAGCAGUUCAGCGUCAAGUAUGAUCCCAACUCACUCUUGUACCUAUCCAAGGCAAUGGAUUUCUUUGACAUGGGGGAAGGUUUCCCAUCGCUUGUGGAAGGCCUAGCGAGGGUGAAAUGCCCCGUUAUGGUGAUGGGUGCUAAGACAGACAUUCUGAUACCUAUAACGCAGCAAAGACAACUGGCCAACUUACUACAAGAAGCAGGCAAUGACCGUGUGACUUACUAUGAGCUGGAUUCCAUCUAUGGCCACGACACAUUCCUGCUGGAUCUGAACAAUGUUGGAGCUGCUAUCAAGGGACAGUUGGAGACAGAGUUGAGAGAGCGUGGCAUGGUGCGGAAAGACAAACCCAAAUGGCUUCAGGAUCAAGACAAGUAACGAGUCGUGCUGUGUAGUACAUGUACAUGUAUUAACAGCUCUAUAAUGUGGACAAACAACUUUUUACCAAAUUUAAGUCUAGACCUCCACGAGUGUGCUACAAAAUGCAAAAUUGAGAUGCGCACACAAGAAAAACUAUGAAAAAGACGGGCUUUCACUACAUUCCACUUUAAGUGUGCCUUAAAAUGCAAAUUCAGAUGUGCGUAAAAGAACACCUAUAUACAUGUAUGUACACAGACUAGAUUUGUGUUUGUAACAAACACAUGUCUGUUUCGGCAUUGUUUUGGUGUCAUCUGACAUUUAGAUUUUAUACAUGUAAGAAAUUUCAUCCAGGUCGGAUGUGUACUUUUAAUUGCUUAGAUGUUGGACUGUGUACAAUUUAAUGUAGUGUCAUUAUGAUACGCGUUUAAAAAAAAAUAUCACAUUUUUAAUGAUGUUGUGAUGACGUCACACAUUUUGUUACAUUCUGUGCCUAUAUGACCUACCAAACAAUGUUGAAGAAAGAAUUUUGAUUAUUAUAUUUAACAUGUUGUGUUCGUGAAAUAUGGUACAAAAACAUAUAAAUUACAUAACAUCAUGCUGAUGACGUCGUCAUGACGUCACCUCAAUCUUCAUCUAUCUCUUAUCCGUGCCUGUGAACAGUAUCAAACCAAUCGGCCUUGUAAUUCUCUAGAUAUAGGACUUCAAAUUCCCAUUGCACAUUAAUGAUGACAUCAGAUGGCCAUCAGUGACGUCAUCAAAUUGUAUAAGUACCGGUAAAAAUUGUAAAAAAAUCAACUGAUGACGUCAUCAUGACAUCACUUUAGAUUUUUCAUAUUAAUAUCAUUAUCUAACUUCCAACCAAGUUUGAAGUCGAUCGAACGAACCAUUGUAGGUGUUUUAAAAAUCUCAUUUUUGAUGACGUCAUACAUUUGUCACGUUCUUGUGCAAAUAUCAAUCACCUAACAAACCCAUUACCAAAAUAAUUUUGCCUGUAGCAUGUUUUGUUCAUGAGAUAGGCCUAUAGCCUUUAUGGUCAAACGUUCAAAAUAUCAUAAAAAAAUUAACACAUCCCUGGCUACAUACAUAUCAAGUUCCAACCCAAUCAGACUUGUAGUUCUCCAGAUAUGGGAAGUUCAAAUAUGUACCUUUAAGGUGACGUCACAUGACAUAUGAUGACGUCAUGAUGACGCCCAUCUUCGCGGACCAUCUCUGGUAUGUUAUCUUAGUCUCAAAGUAAGAUGACAAUGUUUUAUGCUAAAAGUGCUGUGGAGAAUAAAACAGUACAGCAUCUAUGGGAUUUGGGAUAGAGGAAGAAAAAAAGAAGAAAUAAAAAACAAAUCGGAACAAAAAAAAAUGCUGUUUCGGCAGUAUGCCGAAACAGCCAAACACUGGCUUCCAAAAUGUGCAACGUCAAGAUUUUAUCGACCUUAGUAUCUUAUUUUUAGUCUUUGACUUACAAUGUGUCAAUACAUGUUUUCAAUGAAUGUGAUAUAGGCGCACAAUGAUUAUAGUAAUGAUUUUAUGUAAGAUGUUAUUUAUAAGUGCUGUAAUGUAUAUAAUAGCUGUUAACACAAUGUGACUUAAACUUCAGCUCAAACAAAAUCCAGUGUCACAUUCAAAAUUUACUAUUUGUUAAAAGUAAUCAAAAAAUGGAGUUUGUGUACAUAUGCUUCAGUUUAAAUACGUAUGUUUCAGUUAUGCUUUAUGAUACGCUAAAUUAUAUUUUAAACGAUUUUAAGUGAUUAUCAAAUGAUUAUUCAUUAAAUUCUUUCAUAUGUGGCCAUUAAGUUUUUAACUUAACUUUAAAUAGCUCUUAUUUUUGUUCUCUAGAUUAUACAUUGUGGAUUUAGUGUUCAGGAAAGAGUUCCAACUUUUCUUGACUUUUAUAUGUAUUUAUGUAUAUUUCCUAGCAUGUUCUUUAACCCUCCUGCUAUCUGAACAGUCACAGACAGUCAAAAAAUCAGUC